CACGAGCGUCGACGGGGAGAAGGCGGGGAACCCGCUCGUGCUGCAGGGCGGGGGCUGCUCUGCUGUGAUUACCUCGCGGUGUCACCGCCCGCCGAGCGACGUGAGCGCCGCGUAUAAGAAUGUUGCGUGGGGUGUCGUUGACCAGGAUUUCGAGACGACGUUUGGGCAUGCUACGUUUUCGAGUCAGGCUGUGAGCGUCUUGGAUCCUGCCAAGGGGUAUGCUUGAUUUUUGGUUUGCCAAUGUAUGCAUCUUGUUUUUUCUCUCUUUCAUUCCCCGUUCAGUUGUACAUGUUUCUUGUUUUGGGCAUCUACAGUACCCCCUCAUUGCUUCGUGUAAAUUGGGGGGUUACGUUGUGUGCUCUUUGGUCACGCCGGUUUCUUGUUUUCGAAAAGUUCUGCAUCUGGGAAAGGCAUUUUGAUGGUGUUAAUUGGGGAAGUGUGUACUAUUGUUUUUAUGGAGAAAAUGAGGGAAUGUAUAGAGAUGGGAAAACGAAAUCGGUGAUGAUGGUGGCAUCAUCUUCGGCCAAAUGGACGGCACGGGACGGAACGGGACGGAACGGGACGGACGUAGGGGAACGGUUAUUGUAGUACGUUUAUACCCUAGUGUUUUGCUUUAGCUGGUCAGGGACAAUUAGGGACGAGAAAUACAGCAGAUUAUGAAGCCUCUGGAUGAGGCUUGAAUUGAAA